AAUGGCGAGUCCAGUGAAGAAGCUAUCACGGUAAUAAGACCUAGGCAUCCAAGAGGAGUUCCGCAAAGUCAAUCACAAUUUCCUCGGGGACGAUCUAACUUCUCAUCGGGCACAUUACCUUAUAGAAGGUCUGAAAGCACACCUGUGAACACUCUAGCUACCGGGCAUUCGAAUAAACAAUUGUUGACGACUUAUAAAAUUGAUAGAGCGAGUGGUUCACGGCAAAGAAUGGAUUCCGACUAUCUCGAUCCUUCAACGUCUUCAGCUUUCCCUUCUAAUCCCCCGUCUGCUCGCCUCAAUAAUCUCUCAUUGCCUGUGAACAGAGGCUACCUGCAAGACUACCACCUCUACCCUCAACGGCCUUCCCAUUAUAAUAACCAACGUUAUAACAACAACCACAACGACGGCAACACCAAGCGGCACUCUCUUCCUUCCACACAUAUUCUUUACGAGAAGACGAAGCAUCGGGGAGGACCGAACGUCGAGGAGCAGGAGAAGGUUAUCAGGAUGUUGAGAGCGGCAGAAGAGUCGGAAGCGUUGGCUAAACCGGCGGUAGUCAAAAAAGCACCAAUUGAGCUGAGUCUAGAUGUCAAAAUUACCGGAUCCAUGAACAAUGAAAUGUUCGGGUAUUGUAGGACGCAUAUGGAGACGAUGAAGGAGUUUUUUUCCGGGAAGCUUAAAGAGUCAAACAUCGAUGAAGUGAACUGGAUGAAAACCGGAAUGGCACCACGAGCAGCCUACGAAGACAAAGCAUACGUCAUCGAAGCGCAUCUGAUUCUGACGCCAUCCGUCGCAGCUUUUGAUAAAAACGAUCUCUUUGCUCAGUGCAUUACGAAAUUCACUCGAAAAACCAAGGGAAUGCUUCAGGAUCAGUGUUUCCUGGAGGUUCCGAAGAUGCAUCAGUUCUUUCCGAAGAUUACCCCUCAACACGUGGAUAUCAAUGUCUCAGCGAUCGGACUGGGAAAUUGCAUCAAUCCAGGGCUUUUCCUAAUCAGAGGAGACUAUAUCAGCAAUGAUAAUACUGUUUGCAGUGUAAAACUCCAAUCACAGCACAACCCGUCUGACGCUUCCCGCGAAUUCAAUUCAUACAAAGUCGCUGGAAGCAGCAAAUAUCUCUCGUUUGCCCGUUUCGAACAUGACAAACGCGUGGCGCUUCUCUAUUUCGGUGUUCGACUCAGCGAAUUUGCCGAUGACGGUCUAGAUCAUGCCGGAUUCAGACUGAACCUCUACUAUAACACAUUCGUCAGAAUCGUUGUUGAUUUGUCGGCGGUGAACACGAACUCGAUUUAUAUACAGCUAAAAAAUCCACCGCAGUUGUGGGAGGGUAUUCCGAAGAGCACAAUGUUCCAUCCAUCGAAAUCGAAGGUUUUGAAUUUGGAGACUUGCACAGAAUGGAUCCGAGUUCUCUCAUGGCCUGGAGACGCCGAACGACGUGGCAUCGGAUGCACUCCUGAAGCCUUCUACCAAAGCAACUGGAUCAGAAUAAUGUUCCGAAAAGAAACAGACGAUGAGAAGUUAUGCUCAGCUAAUUUGAUUGAUGUUGUCACUCGACUAGCUUCCAGAAGCAACGCUAAAGUCAGCUUUGGUCACAUUUUCUCCAUUCGCCGACAGCUUGCUCCAUCGCCAUGUCUAGCUUCUUUGGGAUCAUUUCGAGCCAAUUAUGCACUUCAAGCUCUGAUCACAAGAGGAAGUGUUUUCAUGGAUCAACUGUUUGAUUGCACUGAUACAAAUAUCCCGGAUCCUUUAGAACCUGAAGAUGAAGAGGGAGAAGGAGAACUUCUGAAGCAACCAAUGAAUCUCAAGGAUGAGCCAAUGUUUCUGAAAAUUGUGAGACGAGCAAUGAGAGAGUGUCCGCAGGCUGCUGAAGAAUCACUAGAACAACUUCUGAAUGCAUUCGAUGAGAGGAGAAGUAUCGAUGUGAUUUUCGCGUUUUCAACAAUGUACAAAACUCGAAAAGUUCAGUAUGAACGUCUUCUGAACGGAGAGAGCCUUCAAGAUGUCGGUCUUGCACGUCCCCUUCCAAAGAAUUGUGUAUCUGUCGCAAAGGUGAUUGUUUCACCGUCGAGAGUGCUUCUGAUGGCUCCAGAAGUGAUGAUGGUGAAUCGAGUAGUGAGGCGAUUCGGACCCGAUUAUGCCCUUCGAUGCGUAUUCAGGGAUGACAAUUUGGGAAGAUUGGCAAUCAGGGAUUUCUCGAUCAACAACAUCGAUCAUAUGUCAAAUGUGGUCACUGAAGCGAUCUACAACACACUGAAAAAUGGAAUCCAGGUCGCAGAUCGUCACUAUAGCUUUUUGGGAUGGAGUAAUUCUCAAAUGCGCGACCAGGGCUGCUAUCUCUACGCUCCGCGAGUCGAUCCGAUAUCUGGAAAAGUUUCUGGAACAGUAGAAGACAUCCGGGUCUGGAUGGGAGACUUCCGAGAAGCCGUUAGUGUACCCAAGAUGAUGAGCAGAAUGGGACAAUGCUUCACACAAGCACAACCAACUGUGAAGCUUGCCAGACACCACUGGUUGGUGGAACCGGAUAUGGAAGGAGGUCCCGGGAACAAGUUCUGCUUUUCUGAUGGCUGUGGGCGGAUAUCGUACAAACUCGCCGGGCAGAUAACGAGGAAACUGAAAUUGAAGGAGAUUCCAGCUUGCUUCCAAGUGAGAUUCAAAGGGUUUAAAGGGAUUUUGGUCAUCGAUCCAACUAUAGAUGAUAUUAUCAAUAUGCCCAAAGUGAUCUUCCGGAAGAGUCAGCAAAAGUUUGGCGAAGGAGGCGGAGAUCAACAGGAUGAGAGUUUGGAAGUUGUCAAAUACGCGAUGCCAUCUCCAGUUUGUUUGAAUAGACCGUUUGUUACUAUUCUGGAUCAAGUUUCGAAGAAGCAGUCAGCAAAAUGUCAUCAGAGGAUUACCAAUCGUGUUCAUUAUUAUCUCGAAAGAGAGCUCUCUAGUCUGAGCAACAUGCUUCUAAACGAAAAUCAAGCCGCCGAAGAACUUGUAAACCGCACCAACCUCCCCAUCGACUGGAAUCUCGCUUCCAAACGUGCCGGCUUCCAGCUCAGCGUUGACCCACUGAUUCGCUCGAUGCUCUUCGCCAUCUACCGCUACAAUAUCAUUCAUCACAUCUCAAAAGCAAAGAUUUUUCUUCCUCCCAGCCUUGGAAGAUCUAUGUAUGGAGUUGUCGAUGAGACGGGGCUCUUGCAGUACGGCCAAGUGUUCAUUCAGUACUCUCCAACGAUCAGACAAACUAGUCCCGAGCCACUUCUCAAGACUGGAAAGGUUCUAAUCACCAAGAACCCGUGCCACGUUCCUGGCGAUGUUCGCGUCUUUGACGCCGUCUGGCAACCAGCGCUGGCACAUUUGGUAGACGUGGUAGUGUUCCCAAGACACGGCCCACGGCCACAUCCCGACGAGAUGGCUGGAUCGGACUUAGAUGGAGACGAAUACUCGAUUAUUUGGGAUCAAGAGAUGCUUCUGGAUUAUAAUGAGACUGCAAUGGUGUUUCCUAGUAGUCAGGCACAAGAGGAGGAUAAAGAACCGACCACUGAUGAUAUGGUUGAGUUCUUCCUACGGUAUAUGCAACAAGAUUCGAUUGGAAGAAUGAGUAAUGCUCAUUUGGUGUAUGCGGAUCUUCAUGGGCUUUUUAGUGAAAAUUGCGCAUCAAUCGCUCAAAAAUGCGCGGUCGCUGUCGAUUUCCCCAAGUCCGGCGUCCCAGCAGAACCUCUCACAGGCUUUGAGCAAUGCGAUGUGACCCCAGACUACAUGAUGUCAGGUGGAAAACCAAUGUACUACAGUGCCAGCUUAAACGGACAGCUUCACCGAAAAGCCAGAAAAGUGGAGGAGGUUCUCGAGGAGUAUGAGUCGAAAGGAAGCAUUUUUGAAGGCGAAUACGAUAAGAUGAUUUGCCCAGACGACGCUGACGUGUUCUUCGGAAGCGAGCCGAAGCUAGUGCAGACGAUGAACAUUCGAGAUGAGUAUAUCGAUCGGAUGCAACAGCUGCUGGAUGAGUACGGUAUUGAGGAUGAGGCAUCAGUUGUGUCGGGACAUGCGGCAUCGAUCAAAAGGCUCGCUGGAAUGGAGAGAGACGACUACUCAUUCUAUCAUACUGACAAGGUGGUGGAGUUGAGGUAUGAGAAGCUGUAUUCCGUGUUUCGUGCAAAGUUUUUCGAAGAGUUUGGCGGCGAGGAAGCGCAUACGGUUAACGAUGGAAAGGGAUCAAGAGUGGUUUGCAUUCCAGCGAUGCAUGAGAAAGUUCGUCAGUGGUAUUUUGCGGCGUAUGUGCAACCGAAGAAGAACAAGACUGGAAAGUAUAUCGGACAGAGUUUGCCAUGGGUUGCAUGGGAUGUGUUGUGCGAUUUGAGAAGAACUUUGAUGCUUCAAAUAGACGAUGCGAUUCCACGUGUCAAGUAUCCCAUCGCAGCUCGACUUGAAGAGGAGAUGGAAAAGUCCAUUGAGAGCCACAAAGAGAAAUUCGAAGCACUAAAAAAACAGCUUGCCACCAAAAAAGAGGCGCACUUCAUGAGAAGAUACCAGCAUUUCUACGGUCCGCAAAUCAUCAAAAUGCUAUUUAUCAUUCAGCAAUGGCUUGAACGAGAGAAGGUUCUCCCAUCGAAGUCGCUUACCAUUUGGCAAGUGGGACGUCUUCUGGUUCGGUUUGGAUUAGGAGCGCUUGGCGGGAAUCCAACGAUUGAUUAUGAAAAGAGCAUUUUAGCGCCAGCAGUGGUUUUUAAGAAAUGGAUAACGAAGAAAGCUGGAGGAGAUGAGGAGCCAAUCAUGUCGAGAUUUGAAAUGGGAAGUAUGAUGAUUGAGUUCUUGAGAUAUAUGGCAAGCCAAUCAUUCGCUCUUGCCAACCAGAUCAGUCUUCGUGUCUUCAAAGAAAUGGAAAUCGUCGAGCCAUCGCUCCUCUACAGUUAUCAAUGGACACCAAUGCAUAACGUCGCCUACCGUACCUUCCAUUCAAUUUCAGUCUCCGGACGAUUCGAUGCUCUUCGUCUGGAUGACGAUGGUGCAGAGGAGCAAGUUUCAGAGAGCAAGGAUCCGAUUCUGGUGAACGAAUCGUUGUUCUCGAAUCGGAACUACAGUGAUACCACGCCAAUUACAAGACCCAGAAUCUUUGGUGCAUUGAAGGACUGGUCUGGUGUCAAGGAAAUCAUCUCUCGUGAAAUCACAGGAACCCGAAAGACGGACCUCGUCUAUGUGACAUCUGUCGGAACAGUGCUCGCCCGUCAACGCCUGGCACGUCUUCUCCUUUUGAGCGGUGAAGCCAUCCGUGAUGCCAUUGUCAACAACGUCGUGCCUCCAGAAGUUCGCGACGACUUCAUAUAA